CGGCCUUCCCCCCCCCCCCCGACAUUCCCUCCCCUUUUCCCUCCCCGACCGGGACUCGCCCUGCACCGGGAGGGAGACGAUCGCUGCCCGCUCCUCCUUCUCCUCCUUCUCCUCCUCCUGCAGCGGGGGCCGCAUCCUGCUGCCGGGGGGAGGGAAUUGAUGUGGAGACCCAGCGCAGCACCAUGCAGCCGCCGCCGAGGAAGGUGAAAGUUACACAGGAGCUAAAAAACAUUCAGGUUGAGCAGAUGACAAAACUUCAGGCCAAGCACCAGGCAGAAUGUGAGCUACUUGAAGAUAUCAGAGCAUUCAGUCAGAAAAGAGCAGCAAUCGAGAAGGAAUAUGCACAGAGCAUUCAGAAGCUGGCCAGCCAAUACUUGAAGAAGGACUGGCUUGGAAUAAAAGCUGAUGAGAGAAGUGAUUACAGGAGCAUGUACUCCGUAUGGAAGUCCCUUUUAGAAGGCACGAUGCAGGUGGCUCAAUCCCGCCUCAAUAUCUGUGAGAACUAUAAGAACCUGAUUUCAGAGCCAGCCCGGACUGUGCGGUGCUUUAAGGAGCAGCAGUUGAAGAAGUGUGUGGACCAGUUGACGAGGAUCCAGGCUGAGUUACAGGAGACAGUCAAAGAUUUAGCUAAAGGCAAGAAGAAAUAUUUUGAGACGGAGCAGAUGGCUCAAGCCGUGCGGGAGAAAGCGGAUAUUGAGGCCAAGUCCAAACUUAGUCUUUUUCAGUCAAGAAUAAGCUUGCAGAAGGCAAGUGUAAAGUUAAAAGCACGGAGAUCCGAGUGUAAUUCCAAGGCAAUCCAUGCAAGGAAUGAUUAUCUCCUCACGUUAGCAGCUGCUAAUGCACACCAAGAUCGCUAUUAUCAAACAGACCUAGUAAACAUUAUGAAGGCUCUCGAUGGGAAUGUAUAUGAUCACCUUAAGGAUUAUUUAAUGGCAUUCAGCAGGACUGAACUAGAGACAUGCCAAGCUGUACAAAACACAUUUCAAUUUCUACUGGAGACUUCCAGCAGGGUGGUGAGGGAUUACAAUCUCCAGCUCUUCCUCCAGGAGAACUCAGUGUUUCACAAACCGCAGCCUUUCCAGUUCCAACCAAGCGACAGCGACACUAGUUUUAAUGCAGUUCAACUGGUGGAUAUUGAGCCCUCACCUGUCAGUGCUAUGAGAAUGACAAUAGCAGAGAGCCGACAACUGGAAUCGGAAACUGGAACAACUGAAGAGCACAGCCUCAACAAGGAGGCUCGGAAAUGGGCAACCCGAGUGGCCCGGGAGCAUAAAAACAUCAUCCACAGUCAGCGGACACUUGAAGAGCUGGAAUGCCAUGGGCCUGUGAUGUCCGAGCAAACCCGAGCAGAACUGGAGCAGAAAAUAGAUGAAGCCAGAGAGAGUAUUCGCAAAGCUGAGAUAAUAAAGCUGAAAGCAGAGGCUCGUCUGGACCUGCUCAAGCAGAUCGGGGUGUCCGUGGAUACGUGGCUCAAGAGCGCCAUGAACCAAGUGAUGGAGGAACUGGAAAACGAGCGCUGGGCCAGCCUGCCCUCAGUGACCAACAACGGCUCUUCACACCUGGGAAAUGCUGAUGCAGAGAAGGAAGAAGGUGAAGAGUUUGAAGACAGCAUGGAUGUGUUUGAUGACAGUAGUUCUAGUCCUUCUGGUACUCUAAGGAAUUACCCUCUCACCUGCAAAGUUGUUUAUUCAUACAAGGCUUCUCAGCCAGAUGAAUUGACCAUAGAGGAACAUGAGGUGUUGGAGGUGAUAGAAGAUGGAGAUAUGGAAGACUGGGUAAAGGCACGGAAUAAAGCAGGUCAUGUGGGCUAUGUGCCAGAGAAGUACCUGCAGUUCCCAACGUCCAGCAGUCUGCUGAGCAUGCUGCAGUCCCUCGCUGCACUGGAUAACAGAUCACACACCUCAAAUAACUCCACGGAGGCUGACUUGGUCUCAGGCACCCUGAAUGGAGACUCCAGUGUGUGUUUUGUGAAAGCACUUUACGAUUACGAGGGCCAGACGGAUGACGAGCUGUCCUUUCCGGAAGGAGCCAUCAUCCGCAUCUUGAACAAGGAAAAUCAGGAUGAUGAUGGCUUUUGGGAAGGAGAAUUCAACGGGCGCGUUGGGGUGUUCCCGUCCGUCUUAGUUGAGGAGCUGACGGCCUCAGAAAAUGGAGAGACUCAGUGGAUUGGAGAUAUUCAGGUAUCCCCAACUCCAAAGCCUAACCAUGCCCUUCCACCGCUGCCCCUGUAUGACCAGCCUCCCACUAGCCCCUACCACAGUCCGGAUAAACGAGGUUCUCAGUACUUCCCCAGAUCACCCUCAACUAAUGAAAACAGCUUCAGCUCAGAGUCCCCUGGAUUCUCACAGCCUCCACGAGUUCCUCCUGAAAGUUCCUAUGGGAAACUGCGACCUGUACGAGCAGCACCGCCACCCCCAACACAGCAUCACCGCCGGACCACAGAGAAGAUAGAGGACGUGGAAAUCACCCUGGUGUAACGAUGGGACUAGUUAAGUAGUAGUGCUACAAUCAAGACCAAACGUGGUAUUUGGUCGAAUCUCAGUUUUUAGGCACCUUUGCAUGAUGAAGACUUUGACUAGAACAAGAGAUAGGGAGGAUUUUAUGUGGCAGUGACCUGGUGGACUCCUUCCCGCAGUCAUGACUAUUUUGUGCCUUUUGAGUUUGUUGCUUUGAUUUAUAUAAGUCAUUCUUCCUCUCUUAGCACAAAGCAAGACAGGCCAAACAGCAAGCAGAGGAUUGCCUUGGAGCAGGUUUCUCUCUUGGCUGAAGAUGGUCAGUUUUUAUACGGAGGCUGAAGAGAAAGAGCCUCCUUCAUGCAACUUAGUCAUAACGUCCUUCGACCACGUGCAUUAGUACAGUAUAUUACUGUUGCCAUAGGAAUGUGUUAAAAGAUUGUCCAUUCUUCAAGUAGCAUUUACUUUGUCUGAUUAGGGAUUAAUCAGAUUUGCAGAACGAAAAGAAAGGGAACUGAAAUAAGUAUAAAUAGAGGCUGGCUCCUCUUCAAUCCCCUUGCAGAAAGGAAGAAACAGGCAAAGAAUCUUCUAGAUGAGGCAAACUGAUGCAGACCAUACGUUAAUGCACACCUCUUCAAUGAUGAACAGUUCAACUGUUACGUCCUUUGUAUUCAUAUUUAUGCAGUACAUUUAGGAAUAGAGUAUCUAAUCUGGAGGUGCUGAAUUAGUAGCAACAUCUUGUUUCAUAGCAUAAACCAACUGGUAGAAAAGUUAA